AUGAGUGGACAAGGCAAAGGAGGUAAAGGACUCGGGAAAGGAGGAGCCAAGCGGCACCGUAAGGUCUUCCGUGACAACAUCCAGGGCAUCACCAAGCCCGCUAUCCGCCGCCUGGCUCGCCGCAGAGGAGUCAAGCGUAUCUCCAGUGUGAUCUACGAGGAGACUCGCGGUGUGCUCAAGGUGUUCCUGGAGAACAUCAUCCGGGAUGCUGUCACCUACACCGAGCACGCUAAGAGGAAGACUGUGACCGCCAUGGAUGUGGUGUACGCCCUGAAGAGGCAGGGCCGCACUCUGUAG